AAAUAAAAUAAAAAUAAUUUCAGAGUUAAUUAUAUGGGCGUGGUUAUACAGCUCAACAAUAAAAAGGGCGGGGCUUGGCCUGAAAGUGUAGGAGUAGAUUGUUCUUAGGUUUAUUUAGUCUGGACUUUGCCUCCUUCUCUCCAGAUACAUUAUGGCUACUCAGGCCCCGCCAGUCCUCACACUGCAGGAAGGAUACGUACAAACCUGCAGCGGGUACGUGGAGAGACAGUCCAGCAUAUUGAAGAGAUGGAAAAAGAGAUGGACGGUCAUUGCUCCUGGUCCAUCCCAGCAUCAGGUUUUUACCGAAAAGAACGGGACAAAGAAACUCUUCUUUGAAGUUCCCACGGUUAAUCCUAAUCUCCUCGUAGAACCAGUCACCACAGACCCCAAGGACUCAAACUACACAUCCUUUCGUGUUAUCAACCAAGCCACUGGAAAACCUUUGGGAAUAUUUCGAGCCCCAGACAUUGUACGAAUGCGUAGCUUCAUGGCUUCAUUUGGUCACACUGGAGAGGGUCUCUUUUCAAAGGCGGCAGGUGCUAAUGAGAUCCCGGUAGAAGCAACACAUGGACUUUGGGAUGUUAUCCAUCCAUCAGAAGAGGAACUGGUACAAAGACAAACGGCAUUUAACGAGGGAAUCAAGGAGAAAAAGGAUGAGGGCGAAGUUUUACCAAGACCUGUUGAUGCUCCUCCUAAUUAUGCUCAAACUAUGGAGCAGCUGGCGUUAGGGUUUUAUCUACCAAAUGACCUUCAGUCAGAGACACCUGUAGUGUAUCCAGGUCAAGCAAUGCCUAUUUAUGAUCCUUCGGUAGCAGCUGCUUCUCUGUCAACCAGACGACCCUGGCAUGAUACCUUCCGCCCACCGCAUGGUCCACCUGUUUUCUGUCCAAUUAGUAUCGGGUAUGGACCUGAGGUUGGUCUGAUUGACGGACAGCAGGCACUAUGGGAUCCAAUUGGCAAGUAUUACUUCUUUCUUGAUCACUUACAAAAAGUGACCUUUUUUGAAGACCCACGCCCACCUAUAGCACCCAGACCAGCUUUAGAGCCACGCAAGGUGACUUAUGGUGAUCGGAAAAGAGAAGGAACACUCCCUCAAUCUCUUUGUCGUAGUUAUGAUAUCAUAAACCAUGCCUCCCAAAGGGCCCGAUCUAAAAAACAUGGCUUUGUGCUUAAUGCUGCGGGUAUUCAUGGUCAUCAUGGAAACCAUGGGAACGUGGGUACUACUGGUACCAGCGGGUACUCUGGCAUGGACGGAGGAGGAUGUGGUUCCCCUGGUACAGCAGGGGGUCCUGGGGGGGUUGGGGGGCCUGGGGAUUUUGGAAAAAGAGGACAAGAUGCAACUGAAGCAAGUGAUAUCAUACUCAGUCUCUAUGGCAACAACGAGUCGUUACAUGUAUCUGGUACAUGUGAAUUUACGGCACUUUUGGGCGGAGACAAAUACGAAGAAGUAUUGUUUGUAAAUUGUAGAGGAGGGGACGGGGGUAGAGGAGGUAAUGGGGGAACAGGCGGAGCCGGUGGAAGAGGAGGCAGAGGAGGUAAUGGAUCUAGUGGCAGCCCGGGAAUGUCUAGCGCUCAUGGUCCUGGGGGAAACGGGGGACCUGGGGGUAAUGGAGGUAGUGGGGGACCGGGUGGAGCCGGAGGUAAUGGAGGAAGAGGAGGAGAUGGAGGACAUGCUGGAUUUGGAGGUGCCUGUGUAUUGCAAGCUCAGGACCCACGACUAUUCAUGUUAGUAGAGGUAGACUGUAUGUGUGGAGCAGCUGGAAACAAGGGAAGUGGAGGACAUGGAGGGAGAGGAGGCAGUGGUGGAUCUGGUGGUAGUGGAGGUUUUGGAGGACGAGGAGGCAGUGGAGGUUCAUACAGGGACAAUAAUGGGGUCACCCAUCAUUAUCCAAGUGGUUCUUCAGGCUCAAGUGGGUUUCCUGGCUCAAGUGGAACUGAUGGACGUCAGGGUGCUUCUGGACAGGACGGGAUCAACGGUCAACCAGCACCAACUGGCGGUAUUCUGUGGGUUAUCAGCUCACCUGAUGGAGGAAUACUUUAUGAGUCUUCUACACGUUAUGACUGCCAUGUGACCGGGUUUCACACUGCUUCUGCCGUUGAUGAUGGGAUUUUUGAACCAAAUGAGCGCAUAAUCAUAACAGAUCUCACCAUGACAAACGAUGCCUUCAUGGACCUGCCCUCUGGAGCCAUUGCUCUUAUUCCUUCAACUCAAACUAUCAAAUUUGAGCCAAUAAAACAUACACUGCCUGAAAUCCCUCGUGGGGCCACAUACACUGUUCCUGUUAGUUACUAUGGACGAAUAUUCGACCAGCCUCCUCCUAAUAAACCUGGACCGUUUGUUUCAAAAGCAGAGUUUAUACCUCGUGUUGAAUUAUUGGGACGUCCCUUUGAGCGCUCGUUCCUCAAGAAGACCCUUAUCGUACAGUACCCUAUUAAAUUAGCAUUUAUGAAUUGCCCAGAAAACCUUGGACGUGGUGAAUUUGCUAAUCUUGAGAUUGGGAUUGAAAACAUAUCCCAAAUGCCUUAUGGAUCAGUUCCUGGCUCUGGCGGGAAAGUCAUUCUUCAGGUUCAUUUUGAUCAGCGACUCCUUCCAGUGGCAGCUGCUAAUGUGGGUCUCUCCCUAGUUCCUUACACAGUUACUUAUGAUCCCAACAUGAGGGAUAGUCUGUACGUUCAGCUUCAUGAAAUACCUCCAAAGGGUACAGUGGUUGUCCAGUUGACAGUGCAAAUGGAGAGCAGGGCCGAGCUUUUUGACCGCUGUCUCUGGCAAGCUGAUGUUUACCUCCGAGAUAAAUUAAUUGAAUAUAAUCAUCAAAUGAUACGAGUAUCUCCAUUUUAUACUCCAACUGCCACACCUUCAGACAUAUUGAUGAUUACUGGUAGUGGCAUAUCACGACGCGAGUUUGUUUUCUGGCAAAAGAUACUGGAGAGUUUGUAUGUAACGGUCGAUUUCUGGGACACUGACAGAUACAACGGAGUAUCUGUGGAUGCCACCACUAACACGAGGCAUGCUGUGACUUGGGAAGGGAGAUAUGGUGGUAAAAUGAUCCUCUAUCCUCAUGCUGACCUCAAUAAGUUGUACGGUAUUGACAUUGCUAGGCAUUUCCAUGGAUCCGAGUUUCGUGAUGCUUCAUCUACGGACCUGGACUCAUCCAUGCUCCUCUUCUUACCUUCCUCCAAUCCAAAGGGACCCAAGAACAGUCCUCAUGAUGAUCCUGGUGACAGAAACCUUGUGAGACAUCUCUCAAUAGUUGAUGCUCCCAUUGAAUUGAGGGAGGACGACUACACUGGACGUCAUUGGGCGACUCCUGGGACCUUGUUUGUGCCUGAGAAACCUUACCACUCUCACGAGAAGAAACUAAUAAAGAGGAUGGAGAAGGAUGAUCCGAAACGAUCCUAUGCUGUAAUUAGUAGAAGAGUAGACAUACAGUCGAUUGGUUUCAUGAAGUACAAGUAUGGGUCUGUGGACAUACGUCGGUUCCCUCUCCAUCGCUCGUGCAAGUUCUUGACAGUGGACGGGUCUGGAGGAUCUAAAGUCUUCAUGAGCCAGGACAAUAAGUUCUUGGAUCCUAAUCAGGCCGAGUUUCCACUUGCAAGCCACUUUGGUCAGGUGUAUCUAUCCACUCUGUAUUGCCUUCCUUUAACGAGGAAGUUGGUUCUGUUGCAGCCUUUGCCUGAGGAGGCUGGUCAAUUAGCAUCUCUCAAUCUUUCAUUCAAUUUGCCUAAUGGUGGCUCUCUAACAAAGAUAGAGCUAAUUGUUAUUUCAAUGUCUCACGAGAUUGCUGACGAAGUUUUAAAUUGUUCAGGUGCAACAAAUCGCAUCAAUCUUGUCAUGGAAACAGUGUCUGGAGCUCCUGGAUCGUUUUCAAGUUGUUACUCUGAAUUACUGAGAGGAAUGGAGCUGGUCAAACGAGAAUUAAAAGCUCGUAAGAAGCGUUCAAGCAACAGUGUCUUGAAGAGGUCUUGCCAGCAGGUUGAGAGAGUUUGUGGUCAAAUUACUUCCAUAGUUUCUCGGGCUAGUGGGCUUAAUCCCCGCGGAUUGCCAUGGCUACCAAGGUUUAUCCAAUUGGUUGAUUCUGAUCGGUUUCAUUUUUCUCACCAGCACACAAUGAAGGACAAGUGCUUUAACUUGACCGGACAAUGAAUUAUUUUUAUAACAUUAAUAUUAUUAGAUUUUUUGAUUUUAGUUUAUUAAUUAUUUCCCUUUUAUUAUGAGUGCUGCUUUUUGUUUUUUAUA